AUGGCUCACCACGAGGAAGACCACCACUAUCAUCCCAAGGAUGCCAUCUCGGGGGCAUUGAAGGCCACUCUGCUCACGGGCAGUGCAGGUCUGUUUGCCUCGGCUGUCCAGAACACCCUGACCAAAAGGAACGUCGGCCCGCUGGGCGUGUUCAUGCGCAGUGGAGGCACCAUCGGAAUCUUCGCGGCGAUGGGGGGUACCUAUGAGUUUGUGAAGACAGCUUCGGCCAACUUGCGGGAGAAGGAGGAUCCGUACAACGUUGCCCUGGGUGGCUUCUUUUCGGGUGCUCUUCUGGGACUGCGAGUCCGCACCUUCCCCGCCCUGUUGGGCUAUGGCGUCGCGCUGUCGACCGCCAUGACCGCCUUCGAGUACACAGGGGGUAGCCUGUUUGGAUACAAGAAGAACACAGAGGUGGAUGAGUUCGACCGCCGACAGCAGCUGCGGACGAACUACCGGACUCCGGCCGAGCAGACAUUUGCCGAGCUGGGCGAAGGACGGGGUAUCUACGGCCCCAACUACGAGGAGCGACGCCGGGAGCGGCUCAAGGAGGCGUACGGCAUCGAGGUCCCCACAUCGCCGGUUCCCGCAUCAUAA